CGGAAAUACGGUUUCAAUUACUUUGAAACAACAAUUUCCGGAUAGUACCUGAUCGACAGAUCCGAUUGCUAUUUUCAUUCGAACAUGUUUUUGCAGAAUUCGGAGACGAUUAUUGAAGCUUAUUGAAGUUCAUAAUCAAAACUAUUGCACAAUUUCAUUACUUACUGCUAAUAUAGAUUGUUUGUGGUGAUCGUAUCUAGGUACUUUCUUCCUGAAAUUUCGUGGAUAAGAUGGAGGACAUGUUCGUUGCAAUCCUUUCAAUGCUUCUUAUUGUUGCUUUAAUUCCACUUUACCUAUGGAAACGACGUCAGGUCCCGCAGUCUCACGACGAACGAGAAGAACCUCAGAUUCAGCAAAGGGAAACUGUUGUGCGACCUACUGGUGCUCGUAGCAGGAUGCGUAGAAGGAAUACUUCUGUAGCAAGCACAUCUUCUGCUCCACCACAAGCUGUCGAAGAAACUGAAGAUGGAAGUGAUGAAGAAGCUGUUGAAGGUGAAUAUUACAACGCAAAGACAUCAAAGAAGAAAGGAAGGAAGAAAGAGGAACGCCAAGCACAACGCCAGGCUGAAGAGGCUGCAAGGGAGUCAAGGAAUACAAAACAAGAUCGUUAUGCAGAGAUACGAAGGAGGAAGGAUGAAGAACACGAAGCAAGAGAGCGAAUGCUGGAAGAGGAAGCUGAGGCGAGAAAAGCCAAAGAGGAGGAAGCUGCAGCCUUAGAGUUUGAGAAAUGGAAAGGAGAAUUUUCAGUAGAUGCUGAAGGUACUACUGAAAAUGAAGUUCAAGAUGGGACCCAAGGCUUGCUUUUUGAUUUUGUGGAGUACAUCAAGAAACAGAAAUGUGUUCCUUUGGAAGAUCUUGCUGCUGAAUUCAAACUAAGGACUCAGGACUGUAUCAACCGAAUCACCUCAUUGGAAGACAUGGGGAGGUUAUCUGGUGUGAUGGAUGAUAGAGGAAAAUACAUAUACAUUUCCCAUGAAGAAAUGAAGGCAGUUGCUGACUAUAUAAAGCGUGAGGGUAAAGUUAGCAUUGCACAUCUAGCAAACAAAUCGAAUCAGUUCAUAGAUUUGGAACCAAAAACACCUUUAUUCGAGGAUCUAGCUAUUCAGGAUGAAAUUACAGUUGCUUGAUGCACAAAGUUAGAUCAUAUAAUGUGGAAUGAUUUACUUGUGAAAUUUUCAUAAC